AUGCAUCGGGCUGGCAUUUUGUGCCGUCUGGCGUCCCCAAGCAGGGUCGCUGCUCUCCGUAGAGCGUCAAACGGCAACACCACCACUACUGCGCCUGUCGCCCAGGUUACAACCUUUUCCCUGUAAAAAGUCAUUUAUGAAACGAACAAUUUCGUUUAAUUGGAAAUUUCGCCUCCAAUUAUGAUUAUUGAAAUUUUUUCAUCCGUACAAAGGUUUUUCACUCGUGUUUCAAGAUUUUUCGAACCGCUAGAUAGGAUUCCUUUUUGAAGGUCCGACGGCAAUCGGUCGCCGCGUCUGUGAAGCAUGAGCCGUUCCUCAAUGGAUCCUCGUCCAUUUACAUUGAACAGGUAAAUGACUUAAUUUCUUAAAGCUUUCAAAAUCAUGAUCGAGAUGCAAAAAAUUUAGAUAAAUAGUGUUUUAUUAUCCAAAAUCAGGGAACGUAGAGAAUCUGAAUCUUUGCAUAGUGUAAAUAUUGUACACUUUUUCAAAGGUCAUUUAUGACUAUUCAAAUAUUUAUGUUAUGAAUCAAUUUUUAAUUUUUUGUGCGUUUGGAUAUUUUUUCCAUGCUGAUUCCGAGAAUGUUUACUUAUUUUUCGAAUUUUCUCUCGAUCUGGUAAAAUUAGCGAAGACUCUGUUUUUUUUUUAGUAUUAGCAGACAACGCCAUCAUUUAAGAAUUAUUUUCGAGCAGGAGAUUUAUCCCGAAAUUCCGAAGUUCUUGAAGAAGCAUGGAAGUUGCAGAUGUACGAGGCUUGGCAGCAAGACCCGGCUUCAGUGCACGUCUCUUGGGACGCGUACUUCCGGAACGUCGAGGCCGGAGCCGGUCCUGGUCAGGCCUUCCAGGCUCCGCCGGCCCUCUCCCAUGCAGGUCACGCCAUGACCGCGCUGCCGUCCGUCGCCACGUCAGUUGUUUCGGAAAAAAGCUGUUUUUGUGACUAAUAGAUCCUUGGAUUUCUUACCAUACGUUGUGGAUUGAAAAGUGAGAAGAAAUUAUCUAGAUCAGGAUAAUGGCUUAGUUUUUCAAGUUUUUCCAGGCAAUCUUCUCGCACAUAUUACGGUUUAAAACUUAUAAAAGGCUCUUAUUAAGGAAAAAGCUCAUUACGACCAUUGAAGGGUUAGUUUAGACCCUAUAUCAGUAGUUGCUAUAUUUUUCACACCUUUGGUUCGGAAGAAUUCGAGCCUCAAUUUUUUUUUUUGGGACUUUUUAAUUUUUAUGAGUAUCGAAAACAAAAGAAAAAGUUACAUUUGGUGUUUUUCAAUAAUGUAUUUCAUGUUUCAGUUCGGUUUCCUCUGGUGUGGAUACGAACGCGUCGGUUCAAUCCAUUUCGGACCACUUGAAAAUUCAGCUCUUGAUCAGGAGUUAUCAGGUAACUUCGGUUCCUUGAAAUUUCUCUUUUUGAAGAAUAAUUCUUUGUAUUCUUCUGCUUUCAAACCGUGCGGCAUACGUUUGUGAAUCCAGUUAUAGCUAAAAUCAAAAUUUUUAUAUGAAUGUUUUAUUAUUCUCACACCCAAAUACUGGAUCGACGAAUAAAGGAAAAAUGUAGGGAAAAUACUUAAGAAACAAAAAGUUUAAGAACAAAACUUUGAUUAUCAAAUUUUUAAUCGUAUACUUACUAUGUGAAGUAGAGAGAUUAAAAUGGGCAACUUGUUUUUUUCAAAAGUUUGUUCAUAAAAAAAAGGAACUUGAAGACGAGAGGCCACAACAUCGCGGACCUCGACCCUCUGGGCAUCAACAGCGCCGAUUUGGACGACACUAUUCCGCCGGAGCUCGAACUUUCUUUCUAUGGCCUUGGAGAGCGCGACCUCGAUAGGUUCCUUGUUUUUCCAUCAUUUCAAAUAAUAUUGGUUUUUUUGUUGUUGCGGACAUUCAAAAAUACCAUCCAAAAAAAUAUUUUUUUAAUACGAUUGAACUAAUUAUAUUAUAUACGCGUAUCGAGAUUUAUCCGAAAGAUUUUUCAAAUACUGACUUUUUUUAAUUAAGUACAGUUAAAAUUGAGAAAAGUAUUGGUGAAAAAAACCGAGUAUUUUAUAAUCCUUUUUUUACUGAAUGAAUCUUUUUCCUUAAAAAAAUUUUUUUGGUAUCAAACUCGACAAGUUAUUUUUUUAUUUUUAACGUGUACACAUUACAGAAAAAAUCAUUUAACCUUUUUCCAGAGAAUUUAUUCUUCCGCCGACCACUUUCAUCAGUGGCGAGAAAAGAACGCUUACACUUAGGGAAAUAUUGCAAAGACUGAAGGUUCCGUAAUUUUCCCAUUUCUUGCAGGAAAAAGUUCGUUUCAGGAAAUUUAUUGUAACACAACGGGUGUCGAAUACAUGCACCUGAACAACUUGGAACAGCAGGACUGGAUCCGUCGACGUUUCGAAGCGCCGCGCGUCACGGAACUAUCUCACGACCAGAAGAAGGUCUUUUCUCUUCAGAAUAGCUGAUAAACGUGUCUUUCUGUAGGUUCUCUUCAAACGCCUUAUUCGGUCGACGAAGUUCGAAGAGUUCUUGGCGAAAAAAUGGCCCAGCGAAAAAAGAUUCGGUCUGGAAGGCUGCGAAGUGCUCAUUCCAGCCAUCAAGCAGGUAGACGUUGAAAUAAUUCAAAAAGAUAAAACGUUUCGAACUCAUCAUCAUGCGGAAUCGAUUACCAAUAUGGGUAAAAAAAGAUCAUUAUGAUAUGAAGCGCUUCAAAACUCACUGUUAAGUUUUCUUAUCAAUUUUUUCCAACCAUUUCCUUUUAAAGUGUUGAUUAUCAUUUGCAACCACAGUGGGGAAAAAGCAAAAAUUGUGUUGCGUAAAUGAGUUUGAAGCGGAUUAACUGGAAAUUUUUGCGCCGAUAUGCGAAUCUUGCAUACCAUAAUUGUUGAAUAAAACAACUUGAACUGUGAGGUUAUCGACUCUUCCUCGUCCCUCGGAGUCGAUUCCUUCGUCAUCGGAAUGCCUCAUCGCGGGCGUCUGAACGUUCUGGCCAACGUCUGUCGUCAGCCUCUCGCCACGAUUCUUUCCCAGUUCUCGACUCUCGAACCUGCCGACGAAGGUCUAUACGCAAAAAAUUCGCCUAGAAUUCUUUUAUUUUCAAUCAUGAAUAUCUAUUCUAAACUCAUUAAACGGGACUAGAGCAAACUUUCGUUUAUCGUAUUUUUAUUUCAUUUUUUUUUUAAAUUUCUGACAAUUUUAUAAGCUAUACAUUGUAGUUAUCACAAUAACAUAACCGAAUCGCUUCCGGAAGAUUUGUCCCUGAAAAUCUUUCCUCCAUAAGUGAUUUAAAAAACUGCAAGGUUUACAAUAAAUGAUGAAACAAAAAAAAAUGUUCUAAACUAUAUUAUCCUUUUUUUAAAGCUUUUUCCGGCAAAAAGUGUUUUUUUGAGGUCAAGUUAUUUUCUUCUUUUAGGGCUUUAUAUUUUGUUUUCAGGAUCCGGAGAUGUGAAAUACCACUUGGGAGUCUGCAUAGAGCGACUGAACCGUCAGUCGCAGCGAAACAUCAAAAUCGCCGUCGUCGCCAAUCCGUCGCAUUUGGAAGCCGUCGACCCCGUCGUCAUGGGCAAGGUUCCUUUGUUUCCCUCGUAUUUUAGUCAAAUUUAAAAUGCGCUUCAUUAAAAUAAUCCUUUCAUGGUCCGAUUAUAUGGAAAACUGAAAAUUAAAACAAUAUUGAUGAGAACCUGAAUUUCUUUCGAUGAAAACUGCGAAUUUUUGUAAAAGUUCUUUCUUUGAGGUACGAGCUGAAGCAUUCUACGCCGGAGACGCGAAAUGCGACAGAACGAUGGCGAUUCUGCUGCACGGAGAUGCGGCGUUUGCCGGCCAAGGAGUGGUCAUGGAGACGUUCAACCUCGACGACCUUCCCAGCUACACGACCCACGGCGCGAUCCACAUCGUCGUCAACAACCAGAUCGGCUUCACCACCGACCCUCGCAGCAGCAGGUUCGUCACGUCUUCUGAAGACGUCCAACGUCAUCGGACUACAGGUCCUCGCCCUACUGCACGGACGUCGGUCGCGUCGUCGGCUGUCCCAUAUUCCACGUCAACGUAGAUGAUCCAGAGGCCGUGAUGCACGUUUGCAACGUCGCCGCCGACUGGCGCAAGACCUUCAAAAAGGACGUCAUCAUCGAUUUGGUCAGCUACCGGCGGUUGGUUUUUUUCUUUAAUAUUUAGUCUAUCCUGUUUAAUUUCACUCUACUUUUAGGAAAAAUUAUUUCACAUUGUUCUGACAGAAAAAUCGAAAAAAAAAUGGAAGUCCACAUGUGUGAGGGCGGUAUUUCUCGAGAAUAAUUUUUGAGUAGUAUCAUUCAGUGAUAUUGGGAAAUAUUAUUUUUGUGACUGGCCGAAUUGCAGACACGGUCACAACGAACUGGACGAGCCAAUGUUCACCCAGCCUCUCAUGUACCAACGCAUCAAGCAGACGCCGACGGCCCUCGAAAAAUACCAGGAGAAAAUCCUGAACGAAGGCGUCGCCAAUGAGCAAUACGUAAAGGUCCGCAGAUUACUUCUAUCGAUUUUCACGCAUUUUGAUUCCAGGAAGAACUGACCAAGUACGGCGCGAUUCUUGAAGAUGCUUACGAGAAUGCGCAAAAAGUUUUUUUUUCCUCUUCUGAAAUUUGCAACUCUCCAACUUUUGAGGUGACCUACGUCCGCAAUCGCGACUGGCUCGAUUCGCCUUGGGACGAUUUCUUCAAGAAGCGCGAUCCUCUCAAGGUUUUCAGGAAGUUGCGAUACAACUUCAUCUUAUUUGUUCCAGCUGAUCAGCACCGGAAUCGAGGAGGAGAACACGGCGCAAAUUAUCCAGAAGUUCAGCACCGUCCCCAGCGGAUUCAACCUCCAUCGUGGUUUGGAACGGACUCUCAAGGGACGCACGCAAAUGUUGAAAGACAACUCGGUAUCUUUUUUUACUGCUAUUUUUUGAGAGCAGCAAUUUAUUGGAUACGCUUUUUUUAAUCUGUUUACAAUGGUUUAACUUUCAAAAAAAAAAUUAACAUCAGUAAAAAUAAGCGAGAGUUACAAAUUGUCGAAAAGACCGGAGGGUUCUUUUAGGUCCCUUUUUUUAUUUAAUUUUAUUCAAUUUCAGUAUUUUUAGAGUUUUUUUUAAUCGAGUUUAUUUGAAAUUCUAAUGUUUUCACAUUACGAUAUUUCUGACGGAAAUUGAGUCAAGCGAAUUUAUAAUCGGAAAAACAAUGGAAAUAAAGUUUAACAAUUCAAAACGACAAAUCGCUGUCAAAAAGCCUACGUUCUGCUUUUUCACUAUCGCACGAUCUCAAUAAUUUUUUUGUAAAGAAAAUUCAAGAAGUAAACUCGGAAAGUUCUGAUGCACUUUUUUUCGCCUUUUUUUAUGUCAUUUUUUUGAAUAUUAAUAUCGAUUGAAAUUGACUUGAAAAACUAAAUUUAUGAUUAAUUAAAGCAAAAAUAUCAGAAGACUUCUACAAGUUAUCACCCGAAAAUCAGAAAGACAUGAAUGAAUCGCUUGGAGCGGGUAAUUUUCAUAGAUAUUUUUCCGAAAUUUUUAGGUUUCGUUGCGAAUUAAAACUAUUGAGAAUUAAUUAAUUUUUUCAAACUGAAAAUUUUCAUUUGCGCACGCUAAUAUAGGCGCAAGUUCAUGAUGUUGUUGCGCCGUCCUCACCUUACCUGUGAAUUGCUUCGAACAAACUACUGGCAAGAACAUUUUUACGAAUGGGUUCAGCUUGACUGGGCUUGUGGCGAAGCUCUGGCUUUCGGAUCGCUGCUGAAGGAAGGCAUCCACGUACGCUUGAGUGGCCAGGACGUCGAACGAGGAACUUUCUCCCACCGCCAUCACGUUCUGCACGACCAGAAGAUCGAUCAAAAGGUGCAGCUGAUGCAUCCGCCCCUAUAUUUCGUUUCCCUUCAGACCUACAAUCCUUUGAACGAUCUUUCCGAAGGACAAGCCGAGUACACCGUGUGCAACUCUUCGCUCUCUGAGUACGCCGUUCUCGGAUUCGAGCUCGGUUCGAACUUCAUUCGGAUCAUAGACGUACUUAUCGAGAAUUGCAGGUUACUCGAUGGUCGACCCCAACUCGUUGGUUAUCUGGGAGGCUCAGUUCGGUGACUUCGCCAACACCUCUCAAUGUAUCAUCGACCAGUUCAUCUCCUCCGGCCAGUCCAAGUGGAUCCGACAAUCGGGCCUGGUCAUGCUCCUGCCUCACGGCUACGAAGGAAUGGGACCCGAACACUCCUCGGCGCGACCUGAGCGUUUCUUGCAGAUGUGCAAUGAGGAUGACGUCAUCGACCUCGACGUUAGCCUCUCUUAUGAAUAGCCUUGACGGAAUUAUUUUGCAGAGAGUUGCGUUCGAAGGAACUUUCGAAGCUCAGCAGCUGCAUGAUACCAACUGGAUCGUUGCCAACUGCACCACACCUGCCAAUAUUUUCCAUCUCCUCCGUCGGCAGGUUAGUUUUGGAAGUGAAUGAGAGUUAAUUAAAUUGUUUAUUAGAUCGAUUAUAGUUAGUUCCACGAAUAAGAAAUAUAGACUCAGCCCUAAUCAAGCUCCGGCCUUUUGAAUUAGUUUCCUUUGAAAUUUUAUUUGGCGUGUUCGAUUCGAAAAACAAGAAUGAAAGGUUCCAAAGAAUUGUAUCUUUAGGCGUAGGAAAAACUAAAGUCGGAACUUAAAAUGGUUAUCAUCAUUUGAUUUGAGGUGACUAUGCCGUUCCGCAAGCCAGCCGUCGUCAUGUCUCCCAAAUCGCUACUCCGACAUCCUUUGGCUCGUUCUCCCCUCGAGGACUUUGCUCCCGGCUCCAGCUUCAAGAGAGUCAUCCCAGAGACCGGACCUCCGGCUUCUAAUCCUCAGCAGGUCCAGCGACUCGUUUUCUGCACUGGUCGGUUAUCAAAAGGCACACAUUGAAAUGUUUCCGUAUUUCUAGGAAAGGUCUACUACGACUUGGUCUCUGCGAGGAAGCACAUCAAGAAGGAAGACGACGUCGCCAUCGUCCGCGUCGAGCAGAUCUCGCCGUUCCCGUACGAUUUGAUCCAGGAGGAAUGUCGGAAAUACAAAGGCGCCGAGCUUGUUUGGGCACAAGAGGUCGGUUUUUCUUUUGUUUCUUACUCGAAAGCCCUUGUUUUGGACGUUGAAAUUUCUAAAAUUUCGAGUCCUUCAAAAAAGGAAGAAUUUUUUUCCUGAUAAAUUUGUCUAACCUUUAUUCUGAAGCCGAAAUCCUGUUUUUCCUUAAUUUUUUUUUCUUAGCAUAAAUUCCUAAUAAUCUUGUAAUUCUUUAAAAACUCUCUUGUCUCAAAUAAUCUAAAAAAAGAAAUUCUCUAACUUUUUUUGUAGGAAAAAAAUUUUUUUAUGGCCUUUUUUUCUAUUUUUGUAAAAAAAAAAAUCAAGAAUCUAACAAGAGUUUUUUUGGCCAAUUUUUCAGCAAGUUUGAUAAUGUGACUUUUUGAACCUCUUUCCUUUUUCAAUAGGAGAGCUUGCAGGAGCACAAGAACAUGGGAGCGUGGACUUUCGUGCAGCCGCGGUUCAACUCGCUGUUGUCGGUGGACGACCGGGUGGUCCGUUACGGAGGCCGCCUCCCUUCUUCGUCGCCCGCCACCGGAAACAAGUACACCCACUUGCAGGAGCAGAAGGAGAUGAUGAGCAAGGUUUUCGACGUGCCGAAGUCGGCUCUCGAAGGAUUCAAGGCCUAA